AUGGAGAGCUUUGGUGUACGACGAUCGCGAUUGAUUCCAGAGGCGGGUGCGGGACUGCCAUGCAACAAAGAGGGCGAGUGCGCGGACCAUGCCGAGUGCAACGAAGAAGGAACAUGCGCCUGCAUCAACGGAUACAACCCUGUCCAAUUCGAUUGCAAGGCGGGAUCGGGAUUGCCAUGCAAGGAGGAUGGAGAAUGCGUGGAGCACGCCGCUUGCCGGGAAGGAGGCAUCUGCGCCUGCAUCGACGGAUACCAUCCUGACCGAUUCGAAUGCAGUAAUGUCAUCCAAUCCUCAUUUUCUUGCUGGUUCUUUUCCUUCGGCGGUUCGCAUAUUGUUGUGAUGAGACGGGAGUGGGGUUGCCGUGCAACAAAGAAGGAGAAUGCGUGGAACAUGCCGUGUGCAACGAAGAGGGAGGAGGGAUCUGCACUUGCACCGAUGGAUACCUCCCCGCUCAAUUCCAAUGCCGUAAUGCCAUCCAAGUUUUCCCCCUCGUUUUUUGCUUCUCUCUCCCUCGCGGCUCAGGAAGAGAAUGUCAUCCAACUGGAAGGAGAAAUAGCGGAGCGGGAUUGCCAUGCCAGGAGGAUGGAGAAUGCGCUGGGAACGCCGAGUGUGAUCGAGAAGGAGGCAGCUGCACUUGCAGGAACGGGUACCAUGCAGACGGAUUCGAAUGCAAGACGGGAGUGGGGUUGCCGUGCAACAAAGAAGGAGAAUGCGUGGAACAUGCGGAGUGCAACAAAGAGGGAGGAGGGAUCUGCACUUGCAACGAUGGAUACCUCCCCGCUCAAUUCCAAUGCCGUAAUGCCAUCCAAUUUUUCCCCCUCGCUUUUUGCUUCUCUCUCUCUCGCGGCUCAGGAGGAGAAUGUCAUCCAACUGGAAGAAGAAAUAGCGGAGCGGGAUUGCCAUGCCAGGAGGAUGGAGAAUGCGCCGGGAACGCCGAGUGUGAUCGAGAAGGAGGCAGCUGCACUUGCAGGAGCGGGUACCAUGCAGACGGAUUCGAAUGCAAGACCGGAGCGGGAUUGCCAUGCAAGGAGGAUGGAGAGUGCGUGGAGCAUGCCGAGUGUCCUGAAGGCGGAAGGAUCUGCACCUGUAUUGACGGAUACCACCUUGAUCUUCUUCAAGUGUGGCUAUCAGCAGGUCAUCAUCGAACUCAACAGACGUCUCUGCCCUCGCCCUAACGGCACGUCGCUCCUCCCUCUGACGUAUCUCGUGCGGCUCACGUCGCUCCUCCCUCCUCCUCCUCCGAUGUGCACUUGCAGCAGCGGAUACCGUCGUGAUGGGUUCCAGUGCAGGGCGGGAGCGGGGAUGCCGUGCGACGGGGAGGGGGAAUGCGUGGAGCAGGCCGAGUGCAGCGAAGAGGAAGGAGGGAUCUGCGCCUGCGUCGAUGGGUACCGCCCUGUCCGAUUCCGAUGC